AUGGUACCAGUUAGAGAAAGAAACCACACCUCUGUGACCUUCUUUAUUCUCCUGGGACUCACAGAAGACAAAAAACUGCAACACAUUCUUUUCCCUAUAUUCUUAAUAUCCUACCUGGUAACUCUUUUCUGGAACCUGGGUCUGAUCAUUUUAAUCAGGCUGGAUACCCAACUGCAAACUCCAAUGUACUUUUUUCUCAGUUCCUUGGCUUUUAUGGACAUCUGCUAUUCUACAUCUGUUAACCCAAAGAUGUUUUAUGACUUCUUCAAAGAUGAGAAAAGAAUUUCUUUUCUUGCUUGUGCCACCCAGUAUUUUGUUGGCGCUUCUCUGGCUCAAGGCGAAUGCUUCGUCUUGGCCGCUAUGGCCUAUGAUAGAUAUGUAGCUAUUGGGAAGCCAUUGCAGUACACGACCAUCAUGGCGCCUGGCCUGUGUUGGAAAAUGGUUAUAUAUGCCUAUGCAAGCGGUAUGCUUUGUAGCUUAGCUGAAACCAUUCCUACCUUUACUCUUUACUUCUGUGGACCAAAUAUCAUUCCACAUUUCAUAUGUAACAUAUCUGAAAUUGUUGCCUUGGCUUGCUCUGAUACUUUUUACAGUGAUAUGACUAUAUUUAUUGUAGCUAUUUUUGUUGGCUUUGGCUCUUUGCUUGUUAUUAUUUUAUCCUAUAUCUUUAUUGUGGUUUCUGUUAUGAAAAUGUCCUCUGGAAAAGGUGGUUCCAAGGCCUUCAAUACCUGUGCUUCCCAUCUGACAGCUGUGACACUUUACUAUGGAACAGGCCUUGCGGUAUAUUUGCACCCUUCUUCCAGUCACUCUAAGACAAUGGACAAGAUAAUGUCAUUGUUUUAUACUGUUCUCAUCCCCAUGGUAAAUCCUGCUAUCUAUAGUCUGAGGAAUAAAGAGAUCAAAGAGUCCCUCAAGAAGGUGACGAAGAGGGUUGCACAGAAACUCCACUGA